AUGGACGAUGAGGUAGAGAGAAGUUGGACCGUGAAUUCUGCAAAACGCAGAGCACAGCGUCGUCAGCAGAACAGAGGAAAACGGCAGAUUAGUUCCAGGACCCUCAUGUUCAUAUGCCUUAUUCUGCUGCAACUGGUCGUCCUCGUCUGCGUGGCUGUCAUCUUAUGGAGAGUACAGGAUGCGGCGGCGGUGACGGGCCAAACUGAAGGACAAACAUGGUGUAAGGAUCAGCCCUGCCAAAACAACGGAGUGUGCGUUGAAGCGACUGACGGACGCUACUGUGUCUGCAAAGGAGGUUGGGAGGGUGACAGUUGUGAGACAGAUGUAAACGAAUGCAAGACAGCAGAAUGCCACCAUCUAGCGAUCUGUGAAAAUACUGCAGGGAGCUACAGCUGCCAGUGUGAUGAAGGUUACCAAGGCGAUGGGCUUGAGUCAUGCACAGACCUAGAUGAGUGCCUGAGUUCACCCUGUCACGAAUUCGCAGACUGUGUCAACUUGUCAGGUAACUACACCUGUACCUGCAGGCCAGGGUACACUGGAGACGGUCUGGGUUCUUGUCAAGGGCAAACGUUUUGCCAGGGCGUGACCUGCCAACAUGACGGCGUGUGUUCCGAAAUACCUAACAGCUACCAAUGCAACUGUACGGCCGGCUGGGAAGGCGAACAUUGUGAACUAGACAUAGAUGAGUGCCAGACCUUCCCCUGUCAUGAAUUUGCUGACUGCAUCAACCUACCCGGAAACUACAGCUGUGCCUGCAAACCUGGGUACACUGGAGAUGGGGUGUCGGUGUGUAAAGUUCAACUCUGUGGCAGUCAAGAAAACGGAUGGGCUGUAGGUCAAGAUGUGACAGAAGGCGGCUGGUCCGGUGGUGCUCAGGCGUCAGUGACAAACGAAUGCAACCAACCAGACUCCUUCCCAUUCCCAACACCUCUAUGUUCGUUCCCAUACCCUGGGCAAGCCAUAAGUAACGUAUCAUCCCAUCUAGGUUAUUACUCCUGGCAUUUUAAACGGGGAUAUGAUUCCACAGGUCAGGGUACCCCAUAUACUGCACCUCUAACAGCUACAGCUGGUCGUACAGAUGGGGCGUACUCUGCAUCUGGAGAUUCUUUCUUUGCAUCAUUUUGGUUCAAGGCAGCAAAUUCAUCUGGAGAUGGGUCUAGAAUAGCAGUAGUGGCAGGAAAUCCGGCCGGAACUGAGCGGGCUUCCAAUUAUCUAGAGGUGUAUUCCCUUCCUGAAGGUAUAACUGUCCGAACUGCAGAAAGUGCACCAGACUAUGAUUUCUGCGCCCAAUAUAGGAACUGUUCAUGGAGUGCGGAAUAUCACAACAUAGUCACAGGUUUAGAUUUGCAAACAUGGCAUCAUGUAGAAAUGAAUCUUACCGCCAUGCCUGUAGACUACAUGGACCAAUGGCAAUAUAGAGUAGACGGGACUUACACAUAUACUGGGGGGGCUUACUUCCAGACUGCGAGAUAUGAUAAUAACUGGGACUACGUUUACGUCAAUAGGCUUAAGUUCCAACCAAGACAUGCAAAUUUUGACGCUAGCUUUCAGGGUUUUUUCUUCGAUGACAUUCACUAUGGAGUAUUUGAUUUCAACUUCCCCGAGGUCAUCGAAGAAUACUGCGUUUCCUUUGAGGAAUGA